UACAGAACAAUGAAGACUAUAUUUUAGUGGUAUAUAUAUGCUCUGUUAUAUGCUCUGUUCAAUUAAAAGUCCAAUCUGCCAUAUUUAUUGAUAUAUAUACACAUCGAUUCUUGUCUCAGGAGCUUAGUACACACGUAUUACCUCAGCAUAACCCACAAGAUGCACAAAUAAGUGUUUAUAGUUAAAAAUGUUUAAAUCUAUCCUUUGAUCUUGUCCUUGCAUCAUUUCAGUUAUUUAUUUGAAAGAGGUUACAUUUCUCCAGCCCCACCCCACUGCUUUAAAACUAACCAUGUGGCUGGCUGCUGUUUGGCUAGGGAAAAAAUAAUAACAAUUGUGCCUUUUAAAAUGUAUUUAUCUAACUGUUUUCCUUUUGAAGUUGGAUCUGCCCUUCAUUUAGCCAGUAGCCCCUCUGGCUUCAGCUUCCAACCAGUUAUCAGUCCCUCCAAGUCCCUGGCCAAGCUGAACCGGAUCAGAGUGUCUGUGGACGAGGACCAGGACGUGACUCAAGACAAACAGGCUACUAAAACCAAAGUCUUUACUGGUGGGUCAGCUUCAGUGGGAGGAUUUACUUUUAGAUUUGGGGCCGACUCUCAGCCCACCACCAACCCUCCCAUCCCUGAGUCUGGCUACUUCAUCAAGCCCUUCGUCGUACCUGUCCAACCAGCUAAGAGCAUUGAGAGAAAGCCUGUGGACUUUGGGAAGAUGUAUUUUGGCCAGCCGAUCCCUGCUGAGCCUCCUAAAGUGCUUAGCUUUGGUGCUGGAAUAGUCGCCCAGUCCACUCCAUCAUCCGCUGCCUUUAAAUUCAACUCCAACUUUAAAUCCAAUGACGGGGACUUCACUUUCAAGUCCAAAAAUAGUGAGACCCUGUUGAAGCUUCUAACGUCAGACAUUCCCACCAAAUCAGAGGGACCCUCAGAGGGGAAGCCCCAAGUGCCUCCUAGUAAGGGAGGGAUUUUUACCUUUGGCACUAAAAGCGCUCCUGGGUUCUCCUUUAAUGACUCAAUCCAGAUCCAGGACAAACCAAACCCGUUUGGAAAAUUUGACCAGCCAUUUAGUUUCACUGAUGUAACCACGCCGGUAUUUGGGCUGGCAAACACAGCAGAGGAGGAGAAGCGAGCCGAGAGCAAUAACAAAAGCACUCAUGUGGAGGAAGACGAGGAUGGGCCUCACUUUGAGCCUAUUGUGCCCCUCCCUGACAAAGUAGACGUGAAGACUGGAGAGGAGGAAGAGGAGGAGAUGUUCUGUAACAGGGCCAAGCUGUUCAGAUUCGAUGCGGAGACAAAAGAGUGGAAAGAGAGAGGUAUCGGCUUAGUCAAAAUCCUAAAGCACAAUACAUCAGGGAAAGUGCGUCUGCUGAUGAGGAGGGAGCAGGUUCUGAAGAUCUGCGCUAACCACUACAUCACGCCAGAUAUGAUCCUGAAAUCAAAUGCUGGAUCUGACAAGUCCUGGGUCUGGAAUGCCGUUGAUUAUGCGGAUGAGGAACCAAGGCCUGAGCAACUGGCCAUCCGGUACAAAACGGAAGACGAGGCAUUGCUCUUCAAGACAAAGUUUGAAGAGGCUCAGAAGAUCGUUCCCAAAUCUCCAAAAAUGCAGCAAGAUCAGUCAUAUAGGAAAAAUAAUUUUCCUAAACUCUCUGCUCCAUUGGCGACAAACUUUGCUGCCCAAUUAGCAAAGAAGUACGGGGAGUGGGACUGUGAUGUGUGCUGUGUAAGAAAUGCAGCUAAAGUUAUGCAGUGUGUUGCCUGCCAGACUGCCAACCCUAAUGCCCCAUCAAAGCUGGACAGCGCACCGGCUACUGACAUCAAAGGGUUUACUAGUGGGGCAGCUUCAGUGGGAGGAUUUACUUUUGGAUUUGGAGCUGACUCAUCAAAAGACACCAGCAGCGCAGGAUCUAUUGGAGAAGGAUUUGGGUCUUUUGGAGCUCAGAUACCCUCCUCCUUUACGUUUGGAACCAGUGGCACCACUUAUAUACCUGCUGCUGGUUUUGGUGCCCAGUUUGGAAAGAGGCAAGAAACCACAAAAGUUGCAGCAGAAUCAAAGCCCUCAACCAUGCCAUUUGGCUCUGGAUUUGGUGUGCAGUUCGGCAUAAAUCCAGGGCAGUGGGACUGCGAUACGUGCACUUUAAGAAAUGAGGCAUUUUCAAACAGUUGUCUCUCUUGUCAAACUCCUAACCCUUCAAGAAAACCUGCUGCUGUUGCCCCAGCUUUGGCAACCCUCUCAAUUGGGUCUGGAUUUGGUGCACAGUUUGGCAAAAAAACAGGGCAGUGGGAGUGUGACACGUGUCUUGUUAGAAAUGAGGAGUCUGCUAGCAGUUGUGUUUCUUGUCAAACUCCUAACCCUUCAGCAAAAUCAACAGUAGAGGUAGCACCAACAACAGAGCCAACAGUGUCAGACUUUGGUGCUGCUUUUUCAAGGAAGGAUGGACAAUGGGACUGUAACACAUGUCUUGUCAGAAACAACGACUCUGCUAGUCAAUGUUUCUCCUGUCAGAUGCCCAAUCCCAAUGUUAAGAGCAUAGCCACAGCUGCCACUUCCAGAUCAUCCUUCAGCUUUAACUUCGGGAGUCGGACUGCCUCUACUCAACCCACAGGCACUGGGUUUAAAGCAAACUUCAACGGUGACAGCUCUUUGCAGUUUGGUACAGGCAAAGUUGAUAAAAGUUCCCCUGCAUCCUUCAAGUUUGAGACCCCUCCUCGGGCUGAAAGCAGUACCCCCACUGCUGCAGGCUUCUCUUUCACCAUGCCCAUCCCAGCAGGUGGCUUUAAGUUUGGCACUCAGGAAACUGCAAAGGAAACCCUACCAGCUGAAACUCAGACUCCUUCUUCAGGGUCUGCGUCAAUGUUCCUGAAGAAUAUCGCAGAGCAGCACAGAGAGAAGGAAUCUGGUGUCAGUGUAUAUCCAUCAGUGCUGUCAGUGGACAAGACGGGUCAGGAUGAAAAUCCCCUCUUCAUUGGCAAACCCAACGUCUUCAGUUUUGCAGACUUGGCUAAAAACUCACAAGGAGACUUCCAGUUUGGUCAGACUGACUCCAAUUUCAAAGGCUUCACCCGCGCUGGUGAGCAGCUGUUCACAUCCCUUCAGUCAAACCAGAGGGCAGACACCUCAGCUGACCAGGAUGAAGAGGGCAUAUACAAGCCAGAGGAUAAUGACAAUAUCCAGUUUGAGCCUGUGGUCCAGAUGCCAGAGAAAGUGGACCUGGUCACAGGAGAAGAGGACGAACAGGCCCUCUACUCCCAGAGAGUGAAGCUCUUCAGGUUUGACGGAGACAUCAGCCAGUGGAAGGAGAGGGGCGUUGGGGUCCUCAAGUUCCUGAAGAACGCCACCAAUGGCAGGCUCAGGGUGCUGAUGAGGAGAGAGCAGGUCCUGAAGGUGUGUGCCAACCACUGGAUCACCACCACCAUGAACCUGAAGCCCUUGGCUGGCUCCGACAAGGCCUGGAUGUGGCUGGCUAAUGACUUCUCUGAUGGAGAUGCCAGACUGGAGCAACUCGCUGCCAAGUUUAAAACCCCGGAGCUGGCUGAGGAGUUCAAGCUGAAGUUUGAGGAGUGUCAGAGGCUCCUGUUAGACAUCCCACUGCAGACUCCUCACAAGCUUGUUGACACAGGCAGAACUGCACAUCUCAUCCAGAAGGCAGAGGAGAUGAAGUCCGGCCUGAAAGAUCUUAAAUCUUUCCUGACCGAUGACAAAACCAAGAUCAAGGAGGACGACAGCCAUGCUAACAUCACGACAGCCAGUAACACCUCUGGUCUGAAUAUCAAGCCCCACGCAGAGAACACUGGCCCUACCUUAGAAUGGGACAACUAUGACCUGAGAGAGGAGGCUCUGGAAGACAGUGCUGACACCUCUGUCUACGCCUUACCCCUGGCAAGCAGCCCAAUCAGGAAGGACCUCUUCUGCUUUGGAGAAUCCACAGAGGGCUUCAACUUCAGCUUCCAGCCUGUCGUCAGUCCCGCCAAGUCGCUGGCCAAGAUGAACCAGAGCGGGGUGUCUGCGGACGAGGAGCAGGACAUUAGCCAGGAGGAGGAGCGGGACGGCCUGUACUUUGAGCCUGUGGUUCCCCUGCCAGACCUGGUGGAGAUCUCCACUGGAGAGGAGAAUGAAAACGUGUGUUUCAGCCACAGGGCAAAGCUGUAUCGCUAUGACAAAGACCUGAACCAGUGGAAGGAGAGGGGCAUCGGAGACCUCAAGAUACUGCAGAACUGCGAUACCAAACGAGUCAGACUCAUCAUGAGGAGAGACCAAGUCCUGAAAAUCUGCGCCAACCAUUGGGUCACAUCUUCUAUGAAGUUGGAGCCCAUGAAGGGUGCUGAGAAGGCCUGGGUCUGGAGCGCUAUUGACUUUGCCGAGGUAACUAAGGGAAAUGUUGAGCAGUUAGCUGUCAGAUUCAAACUGAAGGAUGUGGCUAACUCCUUCAGAGAUAUAUUUGACCAGGCUAAAACUGCCCAAGAGAAUGAGAUUCUGGUCACUUCAAUCGCCUCCAUGACGGAGACAACCGUGUGUGGACAAGCUGCUGUGGCCAUCCUGGAGGAUUCCACCACAGAACGGACGGAGCUGAAUCAUGAGACUUUACACACCCCUGACUGUAAGUCCUCCACCGGUACUCCACAUAGCCCUCUCAACCUCUCCAGGAUGGUGAUGUCCCCACCCAAGUUCCUCUUUGGAACAGACUCUCUCCAAAAGUUUUUCGGCAGCAGCCCACCAUCAUCCAAGGAGGAUAGUUCUCCAGAGAGCUCCAAGGUUAAAGACAGCGGUCGGACCUCCCAGCCUUUAACCACAGAUCCGGGUUCGAUCCCGGGCUGAGUUGCAGCCGGCCGCAACCGGGAGACCCAUGAGGCGGCGCACAAUUGGCCCAACAUCAUCUGGGUUAGGGGAGGGUUUGGCCGACCGGGAUGUCCUUGUCCAAUCGUGCUUCUACAGAUGAAAGUUAGAAUUGCUGUUUAGUUAUUGGAGGAGUGAAAUGACUACGUUCCUGGUAGCAGCCAGUUGUGUUGAUGGCGAUUCAGAGUCCUUCUCCCUCUGUUUAAAAGGAGACACGGGGAGAUUCCAGCCAUGCUUGCUGACAGAAAUGUGAUGUCACACACACAUUUGUAGUCCAGGAUGUGUAGCAAACGUGUAAAAUCAAAUCCCACUCUGGUUCGGUUUGUUCCAGAGAUUUACAAUAUGUCCCAGUGAAAGAGCCAGAGUUGAAACUCCGGUCGCAUGUUCUUUAUGUCACAAGCAAAACUUGUUCUACCACUGGAAAGUAAUCGUUGAAUUGGUUUUAGAGCAGCAGGAAGAAAUGGUAUAACUGCUAUCCUCUAUGGUUGGCCUCAUGUACAGUACACUGUAGCUCCAUGGUUCUAAUGUUUAUGAUGCUUUUGAGAUUGACUUACUCAGUAGUAAUAGUAUUGUCAGAGAUAUAGGAGACUUCUCGCUCGGUGUGGUGAAAUGCACGGUGUCAAUUUUUUUUAGAUGCAUGUGUUUUGAUGAGGAACUAACCCUAGACAUGCACCUAUCUGCUUAGUGAAAUGGUUUUGUGACUUUCUAGUUAAUAAAAUGUUAGCCUGCCUUUUAGAAUCAAAUGACAGUUUCUGUAGAUGCAAUUUUCAAUAAUAAUAAUAAAUCAAAUUCCCCUUGGAGAUUAAUAUAGUUGUAUUAAUCGGUUCCUGCUCUCAAUGUCUCUCUGUUCUGUACACUUUUCUGUAGGAAGGGAGCCUCCUGACUGAGUUGUCUCUCCAUUUGUGUUGUG